UGAAAAAUCACCACUCUCAUUCUAUUCUCCUUUAGUGGGGCGUUAGUGGCUUUCAUGCGCUCUCUUUAAACAGUCCGUACGUCUUUCUCGUUCUCUUCUUUCCUUUUUCUGCGUAUAUUUUUACAAACUUCCUUGUUGAGAGUCAAAAUCUUCAUGGCUCAUGAUUCAAAUAUUUGAAUAUCGAUCUGUCCAUACAUUAUUAACAUUAAUUAUACGUGAAAACUGUUGUAAAAAAACUAAAAGUUGAAAGCAUGUGGAGAAGUAGUUCAUAUUAUAUGUUGAAACAGACAGUUGCAAGGGCAAAGUCCACCUGCGGGAUCAGUUAUGAACAUGGGUGGUCGACCCGAUUGCUGAGUUCAGUGGGGGAAAACAAGAAUGGGAAUAUAAGUGAAUUAGAGGAGGGAAAGAGGUUGAUGAGAUUGGUGAAUGUGGAGGAGCUCAAGAGGAGGCUGCUAGGGAUGGAUGAGAGUAAUAAAGAGGCUAUUGGGUAUUCGGAGCUGUUGAGAGCGUGUCAGAGUAUUGGUUUGGCCAAGACAAAAGACGAGGCUGUGUCUUUUGCAAGACUUCUUGAUCAAGCCGGAGUUGUUUGGCUAUUCAGGGAUAAAGUUUAUCUUCACCCUCAUAAGGUAGUUGAUGAAAUUAGAAGGGCAGUACCUCUAGCACUUCUACCUGAAGAUGACCCUACAAAAGAUGAGCUAAAGAAUCUGCAGGAAAAGAAGGAUAAAAUUGAUGAGCUUGCACAUAAGCAGGUUCGCCGCAUUUUGUGGACCGGAAUGGGAGCUGGUCUUUUACAGAUUGGCCUCUUCUUCCGCCUUACCUUCUGGGAAUUCUCUUGGGAUGUAAUGGAACCAAUUGCGUUUUUCGGUACUGCUACUGGGGCAAUACUAGGUUAUGCUUACUUCCUCUUCACUUCAAGAGACCCAACAUACCAAGAUCUGUUGAAGAGGCUUUUUUGUUCAAGGCAAAGGAAGCUCAUCCAACAGAAUAAUUUUGACAUUCACAGGUUUGUCGAGUUACAAAGAAAAUGCAAAUUACCCAUCAAUGGCCAAGCCUCGUUGAAAUAUCGGUUAGGAAUUGAACUGGAACCAGAGGAUCUUUUACAUGGUCACUGAAACACAUCAAGGCAAGCCCUUCAUUUUCUCAGAGGAGGCUGAAAAUAUUUGAGCUGUUUAAUCUUGU